GAUAAUCCUGUAUAUUAACACAGGUUCCGUACAAGUGUAAUAUAUAAAACACAAAUGCGUGUUACAGCUUCCAUUAUGUCGGUCGUUAGGGAGGUCCAGGAUCACCGCACUACUUCCGUCUACACAGCCACACCACUUACUGGGUGUUUCUAGACCGUCUGUUUGAUCAGGUAACACAAGUACUGGAUAGCAGUUCCUUUAAUUAACACGGUCAUGGCGUCGGGUUAAGCUAAUCGCGUGACGGUGAAAAUUCUAGUUCUCUAUGUGACUUUGACCUUCUUUGGGUCAGGUCUUUAUCUCACCUUAGUCACUGUUGGGUGUGUCAACUUCCGUGGGUGAAUACGUGCUCCCCUGGUUACUGCGAAGUCUAUGUUUUACUGCUACUGACCUGGAUGCUUUGGUCUGAUAGAUAAACAUUAUUGUUACGUUACGUUAGGUUAUGUUACGUUACGUUAGGGUGGUUUUUGGUUAAUCUUUAGCUGAAACAAGCUGGGGUGGAGACUACUCAGGUGAUUAUAUAUAACUUUCUCGGGUUGUCCUUGGUGCUAUCAACUUAUUUUUCAACAUGGUAUAACUGCUCUUUCUGUUAUCAUGCAGAACCAAUGUGAAUUUGCAUGACGAUUUUACUGAAUAAUCUAAUGUACUGUAGUGCUGGUAUCACGUAUAUGUAUUGUGUAUAAAAUAGACCCCCAUAUUUAUUACAUUUUCUAAGUUAAUUUCAAAGAGUUGAUACCAAAGAAAACUACAACAUUUAUACGGGUACCUAAAGUUAAUGAAACUUCCCUUCAAUUAUAUUCUGUACUUUAUCCUCUUCACCACUGAUCAGCUCGUUAGCCACUUGGGCGAUCGGUCAGGUCUCUUUUACGCACUGAUGGCAGAUACUGGACAUGUACUGGCUCCUGAAUAUAUCGGAACCUGCUCCAAUGUUGGUCAAUUCUAGUCUUGAAUGUGCUCACCCUCGGUGCCGUCACAACACUCUCUAGCAGAUUAUACCAAGAGUUCACAAUUCUCACUUCGAAAAAGUUUGUGUUGACUUCUUUCUGAACUUGUGGUAUUCUUCAGAGCUUUGACUCCUAGAGGGGCGGGCGUCCGCCAGCUCCAGGUAUGGACACUCAACUGAGUAAUGCCCUGAGAUGCUUUUAAACUUAAAUUAAGUCACCCCUUGCCCGCCUAUGGUAUAAGCGAGGCAACUGCAGGCGUACUAGUCUCUGAGGUGUCGUACCGCAGCCACCAGUUUGGUGGCCCUCCUUUGGACAUUUUCGAUCAACUGACAGUCUCUAGACAGACCGUCUAGAUAUAUGAACAACCUUCUUAUAAACCCUGCUAUUGUAGAUUAGUUGCUUGAUUCACCUCAUAAUGGCCGAGAACUUCAGAUUGUUGUCAACAUACAUACAGGUCCUUUUCAAAUUCGGUCUCUGUUAAUGCUGUUUCUUCGUCCCGUUGGGACAUGUGAUACGCGUCCUAACUGUUGGUGCGACCUGUAGGUGCAUCCUCUUACACUUCCUGACAUUGAAUCUUAGCAGCCAUUUCUUUGACCACUCUUGAAGCUGCCAGAGAUUGUUCUGGACCUCUUUACAGUCCAUUUGGGUGGUCACUGUGGAAUUCGUUAAUCAGGAAUUAAGAAAAUCGUUCUAUUUAAUAUAUAAUUGAAACCUCGUUUUCACACCCUAUUUGGUCAAACAUGUGAAGGAUGUCACCCAAUGUGUCCCUACUGGACCUGGCAUGUUGUCUCCGGCAACAACCAAGCAACCAAUCAGUUAAAUGUCUGUCUGCCUGCCUGUCUGUGCGUGCGUGCAUACGUGUGUUUAUCGUGUCAUGCAUCAUCUAAUAACGGCUAAGAAUGAUAUUGUCGAUGACAGUGAGAUGUUGUAGCUGUGGCCGAACUAUCGGGAGAUAAUCAUUAAUCAUAACACAUUAAGCGUCCCACGUGUAUAACUUUAUGUAACUCGCUCCGUCGUCGAAACACGGAGCCAAUUACCUGGCCUCAGUAUUACAAGCCUUCGUAUAUAAAUAAUAGACAACUGAAGUUCUGAUGAGUUAGUAAUUACCGAGGAGUCGAGGCAACUGGAUAUAUAUAAGGAGGAGAGCAGCAGUGAAAGUCAUAGGAGCAUCAGACAACCACCACAACAACAUUGGCCCCCGAGAAGGUGUACAGUUGUCUCUUGUUGCUGACAUGGUGGUUCAGCGAGUCUUAUACAGACAGCCUGCAGUUACCAGCAUCACCCUCGCUUGUCUCAUACACGCAGUACUGGCGACACCAACUGCUAACAGUCCUCACAACCUCACGAUCAACAGCCUCGCCGGCAAUGUUCUCACGGUCCACUCACCCGCUGCGUUUAUGGAACACUUCGACUCGCAGAUGCCUAUAAACUGGCUACAACCGGAGAUGAUCUGUUCUCCUGCUGAGCUUAUGAAUGAUCACUUUAGUCGCUACACUGCCUUCCCGCUAUCAGUGAUUACAUUCAACCUCGUCAACGCCUGCCAGAAUCUCCAGGAGAACAGAGAGGUGGUGGUGUUGGAGGACCGCCACCAACUAUCUCCUGAGUGGCUGGCACACGCCACCGUGCUCGGGGAGUGUCCCUGGGAGCUAGUGAGGAAAGACUUCAUCCCUGGCAUCGUGCCACCCUCUAUCAUAGAGCUGGGGUGCCUGUGUAACGACCAUCGCUGCUCUCUUGUAGGUAACUUCAAAUGUAUUCCCGUCUCUCGGUCUGUGAGGAUCUGGAACCGCGGCCCUCACAGCUGCGGGUCGUAUCAUCCUCAGACAGUGAAGGUGACGGUGGCGUGUGUGUGUGCUCAGCCUCACAGCCCUCGGGGAGGAGAAGCUCAACCUUUCUUAUGGAACUAGUUCAUGUCCUCUCAUAUUGUUCAACAUAAAGAUAAACCUCCUACACAAGAGUCAUUUCCACUUAUUCUUGACUCAUAAUUCAUUUCUUGCAUAAUACUUAGAAAACUGUACAUAAGUCAUUGUAAAAUGUCAUUUGGUAAAUCAUACAUAAUUGUGUAAUGAGUGUGGACGAACAGUUUGCUUCAGCAGCCUUAACACUAUGAGCCUCUGCCAGCGUACUGACUCAAUUUAUUCAGCUUCAAGAACAGCUGACAAAUAUGUCUUAUAUUAGUCGUGUUAGGAUUCAUUGUUUUACAUCAUACUUACAGAACG